AUGGCGAUGAAUUCUGAAGAAGACUCAAUUCCUCAAGAUAUUACCAUCCAAAUUUUCUCCUGGCUUCCUGUUAAGUCUUUAAUGCGUUUUAGAUGUGUUUCGAAAUUUCAUAGUUCAAUUGUGUUGGAACCAAAUUUUGUGGAUCUCCAUUUAUCCAAUUAUUCUAAGAUCAAUCGUGGUGAGACUAAGUUGAUUGCCUGCGUAGACGACGUUUGUUACACUAUAGAAGAUCAUCAUGAUGAAGAAGAUGGAAAUGCCACCAAGUAUCAUCAAAUUGACAAUUUUAGUAAGUUGUAUGAUCGAAUUAUUAAUUGUCGUUUAGCUUAUAAUUAUCAUAUUGAGUCGGAUAAUGGUUUGUUUUGUAUAUGGUAUCUGAAGUAUAUUGCCAUUUGCAAUCCCGCUACUAGAGAAGUAAGAUUUCUUCCCGAUGUUCUCAUGAGGGUGUGGACUUUAUAUGUUCAAUAG